AUGGUAGAGGACUGGGGGAUAGUCGAGAAUAACGCGCCCGGACAGCCCACCGGACCCAUCGGGUGGCUCGCAUACCGGUACCAUACCGCCCUUGAGGCCACCAACCCUGCCGGUAUGCUCGUCUCGACCCUGCUUGCCGAGGCGCUGCUGGCCCGCCCGGCAUGGCCGGCGCCGGCUGGCACCCGCACCGCCCGCGCCGGAUGCGCGCCGACCGCGCGCCUCUUCUCCGAGGAGUGGAUGGGUCGGCUCGGCACCGCGACCGCCUCCAAGGCGAAGCGCGCAGAGCGGCUGCCGGCGUCGGCACUGGCGCCCGGCUGCGUGCUGGUGGCGGAGCCGGGCUCGUUCGACCACUACUUUCUCGAGUCGCUCGUCCUCCUCCUCGAGCACGGCCCCGCCGGCAGCCGCGGCGUGCUGCUCAACCACGAGACUCCGUGGCAGGUCAGCCACGAUGGAUAG